AUGGCAGACGACAACCUUCAGCUCUCUUUUUCUACUCCCGCCGCACCCUCGCCAACAACUCCCGGCUCCUCGGCGCAUUUCUAUCCUUUCGCGACAUCACCGGAUAUCAUUCGCUCCCACGAGAAAGACGCCUUUCUGUCCUCCAGUCUGGUGAAUCAAGCACAGUCUAUCGCCCGUUCUCUCCGCGGUGCGCGAUUUGCCCAUACCCACUCAGAUGCCAUCAAACACCUGACUGAGCUACUCUACUUCUCCUUGACAACACUGAUCGGGAAUCGGACACUGGGAGAAGAAUACUGUGAUCUUGUGCAGCUGGAAGAUGACUCGCUUCAGCUUCCGUCGGUCUCCCGGAGGGCAGGCUACAUUCUAAGUACUAUUAUGGUGCCAUGGACGCUUCAGAAGAUUCUUCCUGGGUUUCGCCAGCGACUGCGCGCGAAACUAGAGCGGAGCAUUGCCCGACAACAAUUGCAGGCGCAGCAAAAGGCACAGGAAGUGAGAUUCGCGAAGAAAAAAGAUUCCAAGAAGAAUGGUCUCUUUACCAUGUUGCGGAUUCAGAAAUACAUCCUUGAGCAUCUCGACUCGAUCACCUCGCUUUCGCCGAUCUACGCCCUUAGUAUAGCCACUUUCUAUUUCACUGGUUCAUACUACCACCUGUCAAAGCGCUUCUGGGGGUUACGGUACGUCUUCACCAAAAAGCUCGAGGAAAAUGAGCAAAGGGUCGGGUAUGAAGUGCUAGGAGUUUUGCUUGUUCUACAAAUAGCCGUACAGGGUGUUCUGCAUGUUCGGACUGUCCUUCAACAGCAGGAUGAGGGCCUUGAGGCCGAUUCGGCCAGCUCAAGAGGAUCGGAUAAUGCUCUGAUCCAUUCCAUUCAAAAUCCUCCGAGUCUCCCGCUUCUCCCCGCUUCUUCGCCUCGAUAUGACCUUAGUGAAGACUCGAAUGCCAUUCCGUGGAUCCCUUCCGGCCAACAAAGCAAAUGUACCCUUUGUCUGGAGUCCUACAAAGAUCCAAGUGUCACAACAUGUGGCCAUGUCUUCUGUUGGACAUGUGUUCGCGAUUGGGUUCGCGAGAAGCCUGAGUGUCCCCUCUGCCGGCAAGAGGUUCUUCUAUCCAAAGUCUUGCCAUUGAGGGGUUAG